AUGGCGCGCGAGCUCGGGUACGAGCGCUUGGGCCUGGCCUCGCUUGCGCAAGAGCUCCUCGGCCAGCGCCUGGCCAAGGGCAAGGCGCGCAGCAACUGGGCCAACCGCCAGCUCACCCCCGAACAGCUCUCGUACGCCGCCACCGACGCCUUCGCUACACUGCUCGUCUACAACGAGCUCGAGGCCAUCGAGGUCGAGGAGGACUACGAACCCUACUGGACCGUCGUGCACGCCAACGAUGACGAAGCCGCAGUCAACGCGCAGCGCAAGCCCGUCGUUGCUGCCGACCCGCGCAUCGACGAGCUCACGCGAAGCGUGCAGACGCUCAACCAGCUCAACGCCAACAUGGCCGCCCGGCUAGCCGCCGUCGAAGCUGAGACCCAGCGCGCCAGGGCCGCCUUCGAGCAGCGCAUCGCGACGCUCGAGGCCGAGAACCGACGGCUGCUCGCCGAGCUGGCCCGAAUCAGCCCACAAUACCAACAAGCGCCCGUUGUCUCGCAGCCCGCCCAGCGCCAGGCCCAGCCGUACCAGCCGCCGCCCUAUCAGGAGCAAGUCGCGUCAGUCUUCAUGCCGCACCCACAGCAGACAGCGACCGCCACCAAGCAGCGAAAGCCCCAGAGGGGGGGCCCGCGUCGCGGCAGCGGAGGCGGUGGUGGUGGGGCUCGUGGUGCGCCCAACCACCCACGUGCUGGCGGCCCCUCGGGCCAGUAG